GGCUCCCGGAAGCGGAAGGGGCGCGCGGCCCGGCCUGGGCGGCGGCGCCGGAGGAGGCGGAGGUGGCGCCGCAGGAGGAGGGGAAAGAGCUGCUGGCGGUCGCGAGAGCGGCGGCGGCGAGAGGCGAGCCAGCGGCUACGAAUGAAGAACUUUUUCACUUACUGCAGGAUUUUCAGCUUCAGCAAGCAGGUUCUCAUGGAGACCUGUUACUGAAGAGAGAUCCAUUUGGUGGGAUAUAGUUUAAAAAAGGAAUGAAUCAAGAGAAAAUCUCUAAAUGCAGGUACCAGAAUUACAGCACAUCUCAGUGAAUUUGCAAGUGUUACGCAUUUGUGGUUUGUCAUCUGAUUAGGAGCUCUUGGAAGAUCACUGUUUUGUGUUCUACAACCCAGUUGAAAGGACUAUGUGGCGCUAAGUUUUACCAAUCAGGAUCAUCCUUUCUUGUGGGUUAGCAGGCAGUUGUAAGAUUGCAAAAUGGGUCUCCGGAUUCACUUUGUUGUUGACCCACAUGGUUGGUGCUGCAUGGGUUUGAUUGUCUUUGUUUGGUUGUACAAUAUUGUUAUAAUUCCCAAAAUUGUCCUCUUUCCUCACUAUGAAGAAGGACAUAUUCCAGGCGUAUUAAUAAUAAUAUUCUAUGGCAUUGCCAUAUUCUGUCUGGUUGCCUUAGUGAGGGCCUCAAUAACUGAUCCAGGAAGACUCCCUGAGAACCCCAAGAUCCCACAUGGAGAAAGGGAGUUCUGGGAAUUAUGUAACAAGUGUAAUUUGAUGAGACCAAAGCGUUCCCAUCACUGCAGCCGCUGCGGCCACUGUGUGAGGAGAAUGGAUCAUCACUGUCCGUGGAUUAACAAUUGUGUUGGUGAAGAUAAUCAUUGGCUCUUUCUGCAGUUGUGUUUCUACACUGAACUUCUUACUUGCUACGCACUGAUGUUUUCUUUCUGCCACUAUUACUAUUUUCUCCCACUAAAAAAGCGUAAUUUGGACCUCUUUGUUGUUAGACAUGAAUUGGCCAUAAUGAGACUAGCUGCCUUUAUGGGCAUUACUAUGUUAGUUGGAAUAACUGGACUUUUUUACACUCAACUAAUUGGCAUCAUCACAGAUACAACAUCUAUUGAAAAGAUGUCAAACUGUUGUGAAGAUAUAUCGAGGCCCCGAAAGCCAUGGCAGCAGACCUUCUCAGAAGUUUUUGGCACUCGUUGGAAGAUCCUGUGGUUCAUUCCUUUCAGGCAGAGGCAACCACUGCGAGUUCCCUACCACUUUGCCAAUCAUGUCUAAACAGAUGGAUGGUGGGCACAGAUGGGUCCUCCAUGCUGGAAAUGCGUUACAGGUUUUAUGAUAAUAGAACUAUGACAGUCUUCAAGUCAAUUAAAAUCCACCCACCAAUCAUAGGCAUCAUAAUGUGCCCCAGGCUUUAUUUUAAUAGUGAUCUUGAUCCUGUUGUGGGACUAAUACAAGAUCUAUAUUUAAGUUUUAAAGCAUGUUUACUUUCAAAUUAGCUUUCCACAGGGAUUUCUUUAAAUGCUUUUGUUAUUAAACUCAAAAGGCAGUGCUUGGGAUGAAAUAAUGGUACAUAAUUUCUUUUAGUACUGACAAUGUUACAGAUUCUAAUUUAUGGUAAAUUUCAGAUGUUAAUUUAAAAUUUUCACUUUUAAACAGUACUAACCAAAUCUGAAUUUAAUUUUUCAAGUUUUACAAAAGCUGAUACACCUUCUUAUAGUAUAGAUAAAUUUUCUUUUUCAAAUCCAAUUUUAAAUAACCUUUCCUUUUAUGUAUGCUGCAACAUUUUUAAAAAAUGCAGCAGCAAAGGAGUGAGCAACAGCAACAAAAAAGGGCAGUGGUUUCCUAGGAGUGGCUAAUGUUUUCUUCUUUUUUUCUUCACCAAAACCAAAAUAAAAGUACCACUGAAGUAAAACACCCAACUACCUACCUGACUGUAAAGGAAACGUUAAAACUUUUUUCACAAUAAUUUUUCCAUUUUCAUCAUUGCUGUUGUAAUUAUUGAUUGUGAUUAGAAUAUUUGCCCCCAGGAGAACUCCUGACCAGUGGGCAUGUAUUCGUGUUUUACCCUAAGAUUUUAAUGAGCAAAAAGGGGAGAGAAUUUGCAAUAACUUCACAAUUACCUUUUCUAGUGCAGUUACGUUAGGAUGCAUAUGUUUUUAAAAUGCUAGUAUAAUUAGAUAAUAUAUAAUGUACAGUAUAAAGAGGAAUAUUGUGCUUUUGAAAAGAGUAUACUUUUUACUUUUAUUUAUGUACUAAUAGAUGUAAAAUUCCACAUUGAAGGUUUAUAUAUAGAUAUUGACCAACUCAUAUAGAAAUUUUAUUUAUAAGAAGCUACUACUAAAAGAAGUUACUAAUUUUUGUGUACUUAUAAUCACCUAAAUUAAAAUUAAAUUUUAAUUGUUUGGCUAUAAUUUGCAUUGAGAGAUUAGCUAAUGUUAGGAAGUGACCCUAAAAUAAAAAAAUAUAAUGAUCUGGGUUUAUCAUUAUCCUUGCACAAAUUUAUAUUACUAAUAGUGUUGUUCUUUUGCAAGGCAUAGAACAUUUGUAUGAAAAGACAUUUAGUAUGCUUUGAAAAAACUCAGCUUUUAAUUUUUUUUCCAUUAGAAUACUGCAAAACUCAUAUAUCUUUUAAAAGAAUUUAUGUGCUCACAGUCUUUCCCUUGAAGAGAAGAUUGAAAAAGUCUGCUGUUGAUGAACCAUGCUAAUAUUUUCCUUUUAGUUAGUCUUGGAAGUAAGGAAUAAUACCUGGGAAAUAAUUAAACAGAAGGUUACCAUUGUCAGCCAGUUGGCUGUACUGUGGUUAGUUCUUUCAGAAAUUGUAAAUAUCUUAUAAAAUAUUCUGAAAUAAUAGAGUAAGUCCUUCUCAGAGAUGUUAAUAUUAUGUUUUUCAUGUUCUAAUUAGAAUACUUUAUUACUUAAAAACUCAGAAGUGGCAGAUGAACGUAUUUAUUGGUACUUAAAAAAGAUGUAGUGAAUUAAAUAGAAGAAAUAUAUUUAUAAAGCUUCAUGAAACACAAAAUUAGAAUGUUCAUGUCAGGCAAAUGGGUUGCAUUUUGUGCGAGCUAAUUGACCACAUUUGGCUUGGUGACAGAACUGUUUAUAAGGAAGUAAUAUAUAGAUAAUGGAAGUAGAUGUCAGUUGAAUGCCUUAUAUUGUAUGCAUUCCUUUCAAAUAAGGACCUUAAGAAAACAACAGAGCCAAUGAACAUCCCCUAAAGAUCUCUGUGGCUAAUUUAUACUUUAUGUGGUAGCAGUAGGUACACUGAAAGGUACUGGGUGGCAUCUCUUUCAUACUCUGAUGAUUUGUAUUCUUAUUUUUCCUAGAUUUACCACUUCUAGGGUAUAUUCUUUACUCUUUUCCUCUUUACCUUCCCUCGUCCUGAUCCCUCUGUACUCAAUAACUUUAAAUUAUUGGACUACAAACGAAUACACUAGAAAAGCAUAUGCUUAUUUUAUUUGAAUGGCAGAAAUGCUAUCAGUAUAUUUACAUAAGAAUGUAUAUUAAAGUAUAUCUAUAUAUACUUACUAUGUAACUGUCAGUAUUCCCAGGUUUGCAUACCUAACCCUCCUGUGGGUUUUGUUAAUUAAUUCUUGUUAGACUACUAGAGAGAAACCAACUGGCAGUUUCCUAAGUAUCUACCAGUGUUCUUUCUGCGCCCUCUUUUGGCUAAUUGGUGUAAUUAUACUGGCACUAGAGAUUUACUGCCCUUUAAGUAAAUAAAUAGUAUAGCCACAUUCUGAAUAUAUCAAAAGUACAAACUUAGGAAGAGUGUAUGUAUAAAAAUGUAAAAUUUUAUGAAAGUGAACAUGUUGUUUUUAUAUUUCUAGUUCUUAAGAAUGUGAUGACUACUUUGCUUCAUUUAUGUAUAUUCUCAUUAAAUUCUUGUUAUCGAUCAGUCACAAAUUUAUAUCAGAUUAGGAUAAACUAAGCCGUUUCAUAUAUUUUAUUUUAAACCUGAUUUUGGCAGAGUAAUUCCUUAGAAUAGGAAAAGGUGUUACCUUUACCAAUUUAUUACAAAAUAGAAAUUUCUUGUAGCUACAAAAACAACCAAGCAUCUACUGUGUUUUAAUGAAUAGCUAAAAAACUAUAUUUAGGGUUUUUUUUUUACUCAGUUUUGAAAUGAAUUGUUUUUACUGGCUCUAUUGCCUUAAAAUAACACAGAAAUUAAUGAUUCUUUGUAUACUUUUCCUUUUCUGUUUUUUUUUUAACUUUCCCAGAGUUAUAUCUAUAGUUUUAGUAAUCAACUUAUUAUGUAUUCUGGAAAACUAUGAAAACAACUAAAGGUGUUGGACAUUAGAAAAUAAUUGUGAGCGGUGAGAUUACUGAUGUAAUAUGUAUGUUGGACUGAAGUAUUUCUUUAUAAACAUUCUGUUUAAUUUUAAGCAAAAUGUAUGUUAAAGGAUGCUCUACAUUAGUAGAGUCAUUAUUGGGCUUCAGGAAAUAGAAGGUUUUUACUAUAAGUUACUAUACUAUAAGUUACACCUCCUGAACAGUCAUAUUUGUCAUUGUUUUCUGCAAACAAAAAUAUUUAUGGCCUUUGUAUAGGCUUAAGAUUUUAGGCAAAAAUGGACUCAGUUCAGGACCCCUCAACCAGUAGGCAUUCAGUUAGAGAGCUGUUGGUACUUUGUAACCCAGAUUUAUAGUUUAAAAAUACCAAGUUAGCUGAUGUUCCAUUAUAAUAAAAGUGCUAUUUUGCUUAAGAGUUGUAUUGAAAAUAUUCGUGCUUAACAUAAGAAAUAGCUAUUUUAAAUUGUAGUUAGCAUAUUAACCUCUUUUUCAGAAAAACAGUAGUUUAUUUUAGUAUUAAUAAAAUGGAGAACAUAAUAUGUAAUGUUCAGUAUAACAGCUGAGUUAAAACGCCUGUCAGAAUUAACAUCAGUAUGUUUUUGCCAAUGCAUAGAGGCAUUUUUCUCUAAGUAUGGUGGCUAAUGAUAACUAUUCUUCGUUAGACAUUCAAGUCACUUCCUUAACAAGUAACUAGUUGGCAAUAUGUUUCACUCCAAAGGGUGUAUUAAUUCUGAAUGCUAAUCAUGAAGACUUAGGACAACACUUCCAACCAAGAAGUGUGAACUGAUUUAGAUUAUGGCCACACAAUUUUAUGUGUGUUUGAGUGUUUUCAUGGGGCAGUUUGAGGGUUUUCACGUGUAUUGCUAUAAAAUCACAAUGUAUCAAGCUCUGGUUUAAUAUGCCGUUCAUAUUAAUUAACAGAGCUGCUAGUCUCUCUCUGGAGCUUGCUCUAGUCUCUGCUUCUCUUGUGCUUCCUGUGACAAUAGAUUACUUAGCUCAAGUUUACCAAAUUUAAUAACCUGUAGUUACUUUAUUAAAUACGUUUCUGAGAUGACCUCUAAUAUACAUAGAUAUAUCUAGAAUUCGUUUGAUAAAAUUCACACAUACUAACAUUAAGUGGUUUGCUAAUAGAUAGAAAUGUUAGAUUUUCACACAACUCUACUACUACUGCUUUAAAAAAUACAUAAGUAUUGGUAAAUGUAGCUAAUAAGCCGUGUACAUUUAAUGUGUUCUACUUGCUAGUAUUAUUAACUGUAUAAUUAAUGAAUGUGUUAUUUAAUGCCCGUUUGUUAACUUUUAUUCUACAAAUUAUCCUCUGAAUUUAUCUAUAAAUCACAAAUUUCAUUGUGCUCUAUAGACAUUCUCAGUUGAAUUCUAGAAUAUUCUACAGUACCAUGUGAGAAAGUAUUAGAACCAACUUGCUUGAAGUAUUUUGAACCAAUGUUGUAAUUCUAUAUAUUAAUCAGUAUUUAGCAUUUCUGCUGCUUUUGAGGUGAUGAUGGUUUAACUUCAGGAAAGUGACAUUUCUCUGACUUCUUUAUCACUGUGCAGUUUUUAACAACAAAACUUACUACAUCUUUGUUAGUUCUUCAGAGGUUGCAAUACUGCCUGCUAAUUUGAAACCGAAAUAACAGUGAUAUUUUAAAAGUCAUUGAUAUUACUGAUAUUUUCCAGUAUCAUUAUUUUUUUACUAUGAUGAAGUUAUUUUUGCCUUCUCUACCCUAGAGAAUAGGUACAAAUGAGUAGUGAGCAUCUAAAAACUUACUAAGAUGGAGAGAAGGCUGGAUGGUGCAUGAAUAAUCACCAUCGCAGCAACAGAGUUGACUGGAGCCAGUUUCUGACAUCAGAAGAUCUCUUUGCUGUAAUUAUUUUAGCCUUAUCUCUUAUUUAUACCGUUUUUACUGGAAGAGUUGUUAGUGCAUAUAAAUAUUUAGUUUGAAUUAUUUAACUUAAGGAAUUUAUAUUGCUGUUUCUCUUCAGUUGGUCAGAUGCCUUUGAGAAAUAUUUUACUUUUAAAUAUCAUAAUUGUGUAGAGUGUGUUAACAUGAAGUGUUAAAAAUAAUGUUGAAAAUGUAGCAAUUUAAUGCAGAGGAGAAAUGAAUAGGUUGCCCAAAGUUUGAAAAAACUGGCACCUUUUCUGGAAAUCUCUUAUUGCAAAGAAAAGAUACUGAGUGUAUAGAAAAUUUUGUCAGUGGAGGAAAAAUAAACAAUAUGCAUAUAAGGGUGGCUUUCACUUUAACAUUUGAGAUAUUUUGGAGUUCUUGAUACUUUUAAAGUCUCCAUUUCUAUUGGUAUUUUGAAUAUCUGUAACAUGUAAUGUCAUGCUUACAACAGUUCAACACUGAUUGUUUUGGUAUUGAUAGCUUUACAUGUAAACAAAGAUGUGGACAAAUAGCUUAACAAAUUUGUGGGCUUUUUUGUAGCUUUGCCUGCCUGUUUGACUAAAUACAAGGUUUAAUUGUUUGCAGGCUGUUAACUAAAAAGAAACCUUAUCUGCAUAUUGCAAGCUAUAUAUUCUUGCCAGUAUCCUUUGGAUGAUAUUUUAACCUACUGGUGCCUGAAGUUAGUGUCUUACAACCUCAACAACUCUAAAACAUCCUGGUGCUAUUCACUUUAGCAUUGAAUGACAUUUUAAAUUCCUGUACCAAAGAGUUAAUUUUCUUUUUGGUUGAAUGAGUUUUCUUCUCACAUCAUUGUGUGUUUAUAAAGUAGAAUUUAAUGUUACUAAGAACAGUUUGAUUAACAAAUCUUAUUUUUUGCAUGCUGCUGUGACAAUUUAAUGGAUUUUAAAUGUUUCUUAUUUGGCCUUUUUUCAGUUAGGCAUGUAUGGAUUUUAAUUUUGUAUUUUAAUAUAGCUUGGCUACUUUCAAAGGUAGUUUGAUAGGCUGAAAUUACAAAAGAUUAUUGAAGCACUUUUCACAAGUUUUUUAUUUCUGCAACAAUAAAAAAGUAAGAACUCUAAUAUUAUUUAUGUAAAUGAACAGUAUAGCUUAUUGGGCACUUUAGUGAAUACCAAAACAAAAUACUAAAGUGAAGAGUUAAGGGUUCAUUCUGAUUACAGAUCAAGAAUUCAGCAUAUGUGUGUGUGUGUAUAAUCUUUAGUGGCUUUAAAGAAUACUGUUGCCAUUUGUCUACUUUGCAAAUAAAGUAAAAUAACACCCUUAAAAUAUAGGUAUGUGUACAUAUAUAUACAUAUAUAUGUGUAUAGAUAUAUAGAGAGAGACAUACGGAGAGACAGAGAGAGAGAGAUGCUUUCCCAAGAGGAAAUAUAUACCUUGAUUUAAGCAAAACUGAUAACAGAAUAUUGAACUUUAUGAAAAGAGUCUGGAUAUUGUUAUUCACUUUACAUAGAAAGUUAGAGUAAGAUUACUUUUACAACUAAUUUUGCUUAGUAGUUUACUUUACGAAAAUGAAAAGCACCCUUUAAGUGUACUUGUAAUUUAAAGUACUUUUGUCCAAAUGUAAUACUGCUAUGUAUACUAUUUUGGUUCCAAAUUUUUCCCUUUAAAACUCUCAAAACACUCUGUGUCCUUACAACUACAGCUAAAAUGGUUAGUGAUUCUGGCAAGAAGGUGACAGUGUGUGUAUUAGAAAAGUAGACAAUCACAUUUGAAUAUAUUUCACAUUAUUGUUAGUCAGCUAAAAUCAACCUCUCCUUGACUGUAGAUACAAUAUGUGGUUUUGCAGUGAAUUCUGAAUGGAAAAAAAGAAUCAAGUCUUAAAUUUAUGUGAAAUGUGGCUUCAGGUCAUUUGAACGAUAUGUAGAAAUCUCGAUGAACAUAUCAUUAGAGGUGAAGGCAAAAUUUGUUUGAAAGCCUAAUGAGAUGAAGCAACAUUGUCUCUCUCUAAUCUGCCAACAAUAUUCCCUAGAUUGUGUUGCUACUAUAUUGAUUCUGAGUAAUUUGGCUUGUUUAUGCAUGAUUUAAAUGCAUGUGGCUGUAUGCAGUAAUUUUUCAAGUUACUGGGUAGUAGAAAAUUCACUUCUAUUCACUGUCUCCCAGAGAUGAACAUUUAAAAGAAAAAAAAUUCUACUUUACUAUGUGUAAGAAUAAAGCAACGAAAUGAUACAAAAGUAAAAAAAAAAAAAAUUCACCAUAUCAGAGAUACUCAGACAAGUGAAUUGCAAAUCUAACAUGAGGGGACAAAGAUAGGCUCUUGCAAGGACGGAGCACACGUGGAUCAUGCUGUCUGAGCUCACUUUGUGUCCCUGGAAUUAGUCUUUUUUGUAUAUGAUCUGACUGGCAAGUUUAAUGAAUAGUCAAAAUUUUGUGUUAUUUUGAGGCUCCUAAAAUUGCGUGUGAACCCCAAGUUCUGUCUAGCAUUAUAUUUCUAAAAUACUUUUAUUUUAAUAGUGGUAUGUUCCAAGUGCCAUAUGAUGAUCUUGUUUUUAAAUUUGUCAGGCAUUUUUUUAUUCAAUGCAUAAUAUGUAUAGAUCUGAGUGCUGUUUUCUUGCAUUGUUUGUUAUUUUUUACCUUGUCUUUCCCCUAAGAGAAUGUAAAGAAAAUCUUCACCAACAUUUCUAGUGCUAAUGGUAAUUAGGAAAAUAGUAGUUGAGAGAUAUAAGAAUAGAUUGAGAAGAGGGAGUAAAAUGGGUGAAAAUGACAAGUGGGAACCAUGUAGCCGAGAUGUAUUUGUUUAAAUGAAAAGUCUACACUGGUUCUUAAUACGAAAAACAAACCGUGUAUCUACCUUAAGAACAAUGUGUUUUUAAUUUAUUGUAGUGAUUUAGUUUUAUUCAUGUAAUAUUUCAGUUUUCUUUGCAGAUUGUUUUUAAUUUAAAUUGUGAAAUUUUUACUUCUCAAAAUGUAUUACGUACUGUAUUUUUUGAAAUCUUAUUUUUAAAUAAAUAUUUUUUAAAAAC